AUGACGAGGGCCGAGGAGCUCAAGGCUCGGCUGGUCCCGGCGAUCUCGGGCUUGCUUGAGAAGGAAGUCGAGUUCUGCGCAGCAGCAAACUCUUCAAUUUACAAGACGGUAUUUGCCACUCUUGGCGUGACUAGUGGAAUUGAGCUUACUGGGGACAACUCCGGCAAUUUCACGUCCAUCAACAAUGCCGUGGCUGCGGCUACAAACAACAGCCAGACCAGGUUCGUGAUCUACAUCAAACAGGGAGUGUAUUUCGAGUAUGUCAUGGUGGACAGCACGAAGACCAACCUCAUGUUCAUAGGCGACGGGGUCGAGAAGACAUGGAUCAGGGGCAACCGGAACACCAUCGACGGAUGGGAGACUUUCAACUCUGCCACCAUAAGUGAGUUCUUGAAUCUCAAUUUCUGA